AUGGGCAACGGCGACGCCACACUAGACAAGCAGCCGCAGGCGGGACAUGGCAUAGGCGACGUUAUCUUCAUCCUCGCCAAGGCUAGAAUAUUGGCUCACCACUUCGAUAUUCAUUCGUCCGAGAAUCCGACUUCACAUCUCAAUCCCACCUUAUAUAUCGAGGCGUUCGUGAGCUAUUCUAUCGAGUUCUCGUCUUUUCCCGAUUUCGCUGGAAACGACUCAAACCCAAACACGUUCUCUGACAACCUGCUGAACAAUCUUGGCCAGCUUCAAGGCACAAAGCCAUACGUCCGGGUUGGGGGAAAUACCCAGGAUAUCUACCUUUACAAUGCGUCCCUGGCUUACGGUCUCAAUGGAACCUUCGACUACUCUCGGUCGGCUGACUACCCUACUAUCAUAUAUAUCGGACCAUCUUACUUCGAGUCAUACAACCAGUGGCCCGGUGUCAAGUUCUCCCAUGGCUUUAACUUGGGCCAGGGCGCUAACAAUUCAGCUGGUUGGCAGACCCUCGUCGACACCGUACCUCUGGUAUGCAAGGCGCUGGGGCCGGAGAAGCUUGACGUCUGGGAGUAUGGCAACGAGCCAGAUUUGUUCUCCACCGGAAAGCAGAACCUGAUCCGACCACCGGAUUGGAAUGAGACAACAUAUGUGAGCCAGUGGCUCAACGGAACCCGUGAAAUCCGGGCUCGCCUUCAGGAUGCCUGCCCGGAGCUGUUGGAGAACGACCUGUACGGCUACAUGGCUGCUUCAAUUGCUGGGUUCAACAACACGCUCAAGGUUCCGAUCGUUUGGGAGGACGGUAUCAACCAAGACGGCAGUAUUAAACUGUUUUCCACCCACAAUUACAUCAGUGGUGCUGAUGUACCUGGCGUCACCCUUCAGGGGACGCUUUUGAACCACUCGGUGACAGUCGCCUCUGUUGACCCUCACAUCACCGAGUACAACAAGGCCACAAAUAACAGUGGUUCACCGCCACUUAUCUUUGGCGAGACGAAUUCCCUCUACCAUCAGGGCAAGCCAGGUUUAUCGAAUGCAUUCGGUGCUGCGCUGUGGGGCAUCGAUUUCAACUUGUACAGUGCUUCGGUCGGCUUCAAGAGGAUUCACAUGCACCAAGGUACCAACUAUCGCUACGGCUUCUGGCAGCCAAUACAGACUGCCAACGCCAGCAUCGGCACCAAAGCUCCAUACUACGGCAGCAUUGCUGUGGCUGCCUUCCUUGGAAACACCAUCGAGACCCCGGUGAGCGUUGCCAAUAUACCGCUCUCCACGGACACCGAAGCUAGUUAUGCCGCAUACUCCGCAGACGGCGGCGAAUUGCUGCGGGCGAUCAUCAUCAACAUGAACGGCUACAACACAACAGUCGACGGCUCUGGUCUCGGUAUCAGCCCCAACAUCACCACUCGCAUUUCACGUACCUACACCUUUGACGUCUCCGGCGGCAACUUGAGCACCGGGGACAGGGUCGCGGUCCAGAGGCUAUACGCGAACGGCAGCGACGCGAUCACGGGUAUCACGUGGGACGGGUGGAGCUACAACUACGAAUUGGACAGCGGGAGGCCGGUCAGGCUGAGCAAUGUAACGAUUGGCGAGUACGUGGUGGUGGACGCGAAUGGGACGGUCGAGGUCAGUGUGCCGGAUUCGAGCGCUGCGCUGUUGAGCCUCACCGGCAACGGCACGGUGCCCGGAUCCACUGUACCGGCCCCACCGGUUGCCAACACCGCCCGUGGUGCUCGUGGGUCUCUGCUGCGGAAUUCGUGGUGA